GAGGCAGCGGCUGCAAAAGAGAAAGGGCAGAAAGGAGAAGCCAAAGAGAAAGAGAAAACAUAUGGAGAGCUGAGAGGUGGAAAAGGUGUGAAGGCAAGGAAGCCACGCAGAAUUCAAGCUUUAGACUGUUAUUUCAUUAGGUGGUCAGCGGACUCACCGAGGGGGGGAUUAUGUCCAAACCUUCGACCAACGUGAAGGCCUUGCAGGCUAAUCUGAACAUCCCGAUGGGAGCUCUGCGUCCAGGGGCGGGACUUCCUGUCAAGAGGAGAGAGGAGACAUUGGACACAGAAGAGGGUCAACCACCAGAACCACCAAUGCAGCCCGUGACACCAGAAGAGAGGAAAGCUUUACCGGGUGCAGUGAAGUUACCGGGCCCGGCCGUUAACCUAUCAGAGCUACAAAACAAAAAGAGUGAACUACGAUGGGUCACCAAGGACUAGCAUAAGACUCGUGCCUGCCGGAGAGGAUGAACGAUAAUCUUCACAAACUCAGACUUGCCCUCUGCCGCUGAAGAGGAGAAACACUGCAGCCUCAAGAUAUAGGGGAAACCCUAACAGUCUGUCUAAAGUUACCUUUAAAAACUCUCCUGAGUAGAUAUUUCAAAUUAAAAUACACAAUUAAGAAGAUUUAUAUUAGAAAAGUCUUGGACUCAUUGAAUAGGAUGAGGGUGUGAGAAAUUCUUUAAGUAUUUUAAGGUUUGUUUAGUUUAUUAGUUUAAAAUGAAACACAUUCAAAGAAUCCUCCUCUAUCCCAAAACAAAAUAAACUAACAUUGUAGCAAUGAACCAAUAGACACUUCAGCUUUUUAGCUCUGCUUCCCAUUAACUGACCUCUGAGUAAAUGUUGGUCAUACUGUAGUAACUGAAGGACCCGUUGUAUUCUGUUGUUUUGGGGAGGGGUCAUAUUAUUAUUACUUGUUUUUCUGUUGUUUUUGUGAUUCUUAGAAAAUGAAUAUUGUCACAAUAUAACCUACAAAACAGAGACCUAUUUCAUCACUUCCUGUUAAACUAAAGAAGAAUGAUCAUGUGUUGGUGGACCAGUCUAUAAUGAUAACUAGAACAUCAGUUAUAGAAUCAACAUUGUAUAUCAAAAUUUGACUUUAUAGAUUGGUGUAGAUUCUCAGUGCUUAAAUAAAAGGCAACAGGAUGAUAAGUUGUAGUCAGAACAAUCACACUAAACAGGCUGUUAAGGUCACUAAACAGAACGGAGGGUAGGGCUAGAGACGAAUGUGACCUUAACGGCCCUAUUGGAGCGAUUUUUCUGACUACAACUUACAAGCCUGAUGCUUCCUACCUACGUUCAGAACUGAAGAAGCCUUUUGGAUAAAAGGUGACAGGUCUUCAAGAAAUCACAGAAGACAUCCAGUUACCUUGUAUUUGAGGAAUUGUCUUUAUUUUUCAGUAUGGUGUCUAUUUUAUUUUUACUUCUAAGAUCUUUAUUCAUUUUUCGAGUGUUACCAUAUUGUUUAAAUUUGAGGGCAUUUGGUCAAUGUCAAUGGAUUGUAAUAAAAUAAAGUGCUGAUAUGGUUCCAA